AUGGGUUGCAGACAAUCAAAACACGAUGUUGUUACGGGAAACACCACAAUGGUCCGAAAACCUUUGGAAGCUGAAUCAGUGAGGGGCCAAGAGAACGAGACAAUUAAAACACAAGAAAGCUGCAGGUGCCAGAAAACGAACGACAUCUCGGCUGUGGUAUCUUCAGACCAGCCACAAACCACCAUGGAAAAUAAUAAAAUGGAGGAAAAUGAAGCUGGAGAUUGUGGCGAGAAGGCUGAGAGAAAGACAAAUGAUGAACAAAAGCAUGAGGAAAAGGAAACAACCACUUUGCCGUUGGUGACAGGGAUAGUGUCGGAAAAUAUUGUGACGGAGGAAACCGUUAACGACGUAAAUGAGAGCAUCUUGCCUGUGGAUGAACAAAAGGAAAAAGUUGAUAGUGAGACAGUUGUACCAGAGGAAAAAAGUACGGAAGAUAAAACUUCUGGUGACGUUGACACUGAGAUUCUACUUCCCGAGGUUGAAGAACCAAAACCGGACGUAGACACUUCUGUAACAACAGAGUCGGAAGUUCAAGAAGUUUUGACCACAGAGGAUGUAGAGAUUGCUACCUCCGAAAAUAUUGAAACCGAGUCCAAAGAAAACGAUGACACUUCUAUUUUGAAAGACACUUCUAUUGCUGCCUCGGAAACUGUCAAAACUACGUCCACAGAAAAUGAUGACACUUCUGUUUUAAAGGAAGAAGAUAAAGUUGAUCUUGUUGAGAACGUCGAGACUGCUGCCUUGGAAACUGUCGAAAGUGUGUCCACGGAAACCGAUGGCACUCUUGUUUUAAAGGACAAAGAUAAAGUUGAUCUUGUAGAGGAUGUCGAGACUAUUUCCUCAGAAGCUGUCGAAAAUGUGCCCACAGAUAUCGAUGACACUUCUGUUUUAAAGGAUGAAGAUGAAGUUGAUCUUGUAGAGAAUGUAGAGACAGUCGAAAGUGUGUCCACAGAACACGAUGACACUCUUGUUCUAAAGGACGAAGAAAAAGUUGAUCUUGUAGGGAAGGUAGAGACUGCCACUUCAGAAACUAUUGAAACUGUGCCCACAGAAAAUGAUGACACUCAUGUUUUAAAGAAUGAAGAUGAAGCUGACUUUGUAUCGAAUAUUAUUGAGACUGUGGAAAGUGUGUCCACAGAAAAUGAUGAGACUCUUGUUUUAGAGGACAAAGAAGAUAAAGUUGAUCAUUUAGAGAAUGUGGAGAUUGCAACUACAGAAAAUGAUGACACUGUGUCCAGAGAAAACGAUGAAAUUCACGUUUAA